AUGCAGGAUACUGUGGGGGAUGAUGAGAAGGUGAAUGAUGGGAAUGAUGGGAAGAAGGACGAUGUAAAGGAGGACAAUGAGAAGGUGGAGGACGAACAGAAGGUGGAGAACGAUGAGAAGGUGGAUGAUGAUGAGAAGAUGGAUGAGGCUAAGGUGGAGAAUGAUGAGAAGGUGGAUGAUGAUGAGAAGAUGGAUGAGGCCAAGGUGGAGGACGAUGAGAAGGUGGAGGAUGAACGAAAAGAGAACGAUGCGAAGGUGGAGGACGUAAAGAUGGAGGAUGAGGCUAAAGUGGAGGACGGUGAGAAGCUGGAUGGUGUGGCUAAGGUGGAUGAUGUGGAGGUUGAUCUGAAACUGAAGGUGAAGGAUUUGAAAGUGAAGGUGAAGGAUGAGAAGAGUGUGGAUGUGAAGGUACAGACAAAUGAGGAAAUUAUGGGAGGAGAUGACAAUGAUGACGAUGAUGAUUUCCAGUUAUACAAUACUCCUCCUAAAGGAAAUUAUGGGAGGAGAGUGAGGAAGCCGAAAAAAGAUGACUCGUACACCAACCCUUCCUUGUCAAAAAUGCCCAAGACAAAGGAUCCAAUGAAAGUGAAUCACCUUCAAAAAUUUGAAGAUGAGCUGCUGGAUAAAGUAAAGGCGUGGUUGGAUGAUCCAGAAACCGAUAAUUUGACAACGGAUGUACAUACUUGCCAAGAAAAGAAGGAUGUGUUUGUUAGAGUUUUAACAAGGUUGACAUGGCUUGAAGACACUGAAAUCGAUGCAUUCUGCCAUCUUUUGCGGAAAAGGAUUUCCUACUAUCCCAAGACAUAUAAAAAUUCACAUGUGGCAAUUGGGGAUUUCUUAUUGGCGGACAGAAUCAGGCGAGAGCACAGGACUUUUAUUAAGGAUCCUGCUAACUAUUCAGUCGCCGAAUUCAAAGACUAUUACAUGGCAUCACCACAUAGAUAUAUGCCAGAAUGUUCAACAAUUGACGAUGUCUACAUGCCUGUGAACAUUAACCAGAAACACUGGAUUUUGUGUGUAACACGUCUUCAAAAGUACCGCAUUGACGUGUACGACUGUGAUGCCUAUCUUUAUAAGAAUCUGGAUCCUUAUUUGAAACCCUUCUACGACAUGAUUCCACAUAUAUUCGCAAAGACAAUCACUCCUGGUGAGAGGGUAAGGUAUCCUAAAUUCAACUUCGAAGGCCCCAUCCAACCAAUGACUUACAAACGGUUACCACACCCCAAAGUGAAAACCGCUGCAGCUAAGGUUGGAGAAGUCCCACGGGCAACAGAGAGCGGGGACUGUGGGGUCUUCACGCUAAUGUAUAUGGAACACUUGACCGCUAAUCAAGCCGUCCACAAUGUGACCUCAGAAAACAUGGGGUUUUUUAGGCAGAAGAUGGCGGUCAGGUUAUUCCAUCAGAUUAUGGAACCUUAG